CAGGAUUCAGGGAAAAGUGUCUCAAUUAGAUAAUGAAAAUCGCGGUCUGACUUUCCGCGAGUGUUUAAGUUACGAUCAAAAAAAAUUUGCGGGGUAGUGAGUGCCGGUGAUUUGUCCAAAAUUUCGAACAGUUCUGAGGAAACAAAAAUUUGUUGGAGUGAUUUCCAAAAACAAUUAACAGUGUCAACAUGCAAAGAAUAUUUUGACUUUUGGCAUAUACUAUUUAAAAGAUCCCCACGUCUGCCGUAUCAAAUUUCAAAAUGUUUUUCUCUACGUGAAUGUGAAUGGUGAACAAUAUAUUUGUGUACUUUUCCCCAUUAUGAUUUUAUAAAAAGACUCAAUUUUUAUUUUUUCUCAGCCACACAGUGAUUCCCUAAGUUUUAAUAACAGUAAAUUUCCAGUUAUCAAAAACCAAAAAGACAAAGCAUGAAUGACUUCGCGUAGACUGUCUUUUGGUAGCAACAAUACCAAGAAGAGAUACCAAAUUUUGUGAAAUUUUCCAAAAGGAUACAUCGUAACUCAAAAGAUUCAGUAUCGUUUGUGAGCUAUUAAAAAAAAAUUAUAAAAAUGUUAGAGUUUUACCCGCCGGUACCGGAACCAUUGAAUCACCAUGGAGAACAACGUCUGGCUUCAGCACCAGGACAUCCGAUGCCCUUUCGCCCUACUACAGUAAAUAACAAUAACCCCGAGCCAUCUGUAUCCGUAAAGACGGAAUCGGGUCUUCUGGAGGCAAUAUGUGCCGGUUGCGGCCGCGGCAUUGCGGACAGGUACGUGAUGAGAGUAUCCGAGAGAAGCUACCACGAGGACUGCCUAAGUUGUGCAGCAUGUGCUACGCCCCUGACACAUUCCUGCUUCAUCCGCGACCUCAAACUUUACUGUCGGGCCGAUUACGAGAGAAUAUUCGGCGUCAAGUGCGCGCGUUGCAUGGAGAAGAUCAGCUGCUCGGACCUGGUGAUGCGUGCCGCAGGACUGAUCUUCCACGUGGAGUGCUUCGCGUGCUGCAUGUGCGGCCAGAUGCUGCCACGAGGUGCACACUUCAUAUUGAGACAGGGUCAGCCGAUAUGCAGGCGAGACUUCGAGCACGAGCUGUUUCUUAACAGUCCCCAAGAUGAUGACCUUCUGGAUGAGAGCAGACCACGUGACGGUCGUCGCGGACCCAAGAGACCCAGAACGAUCCUGACCUCGGCACAGCGGCGGCAGUUCAAGGCCUCCUUUGAGGUCUCGCCAAAACCUUGUCGAAAGGUACGCGAGGCGCUGGCUAAGGACACCGGGCUCAGCGUGCGGGUGGUCCAGGUCUGGUUUCAAAAUCAGCGUGCGAAAAUGAAGAAACUCCAGAGAAAAGCGAAGGCUGAGCCUGGUGCUGAGAAGGAGACCAAGGAAGAGAGGAGAGGAGAGAGUCCUCACAGUGAUCACAGUCAUUACUUGAACGCCUUGAACAUGCGCGAUGGGGAAUCUUCUAGCUUCCCUUCAGCAACCCAACCGCUCAACCCCAAUAACCCAUACUCACCCGAUGACGCCUAUCCAGGAAACUCCGGGGAAAGUUUCUGCAGCAGCGAUCUGUCCCUGGACGGAACGGAAGCUGGCUUCGACAUUGGCGAGAGCGAAGGUGGCGGAGCCGACGGAAGUCAUCAAGGUGGUUCCCAUUCUCAUCACGGAGGAACAUCCCACGACCCACCAUCCUUAUCACAAAGCUUGCACGCUGCCAUGCACAAUCCUAUCGAUAAGCUCUUCAUGAUGCAGAGUAGCUACUUCAGUGGCGAUCACGCGUAA